GCCAUUGUGAACGAUUCUCUAGCUUCCACACAUUGACUAGUCACGGCCUGUACCUCAAGAUUCCUCAGACAUGAGCAGGAGGCCGAUUUUGGAUCUCUAGAGAGCGACUACAGCAAAUCAACCCCACCAACCCCGAUUACUACUUCCUUACCUACAAUUCGAACCACCACCAGCCUAACGAAAAUGCCUUCCCAACAUCCCUUCCAGCGCAUAGGCAUUGUCGGCGCAGGUAGCAUGGGCUCUCAAAUGGCCAUUGCCUUCGCUGACCUAGGCCUGAAAGUCUCUAUCUGGGACUGCAAGACGAGCAACAUCGACCGGCUCGUGCGAGACCUGCAAGCAGACAAACGAGGUGACCAAAUUCGGAGCUUCGAGGACAUUCACGAAUUCGUACGAAGCCUGGUUACCGGCGACAAUAAGCGCAAACUUUUCAUGUUUUCCAUCACCCAUGGUGACCCCGCCGACUCCGUCCUCGAUAUGAUCAGCGACGACCUAUCCGAAGGCGACAUUGUCCUCGACGGCGGAAACGAGUACUAUCGCCGGACGGAGGCGCGCCAGCGCCGGUGCGCGGAGCGAGGGGUCCACUGGAUUGGCAUGGGUGUGUCUGGCGGGUACCAGGCGGCGCGCCGAGGGCCUAGCCUGUCCCCUGGGGGUGAUGCCGAGACGUUGGAUCUCGUGAUGCCUCUGCUGCAGCAGUACGCUGCCAAGGACCCCCAGUCCGGCCAGCCGUGUGUAACACGCAUCGGACCCGCUGGGGCGGGGCAUUUUGUUAAGAUGGCCCACAAUUUCAUCGAAGGAGGCAUGCUGUCCACGCUGGCGGAGGCAUGGUCUUUCAUGCACUUCGGGCUGGGCCUAAGCUACGACCAGGUGGCUGAUAUCUUUGGCCAGUGGAAUAAGGAGGGCUUGCUUCGACGCACUUAUCUCCUGGACAUCGGUGAACAGUUACUGCGGACACGCAAGACGCCCGAAGGUGACCGUAGCGGUGAGGGAGCUGGGGAUAGCUCCGAAUAUGUGCUUGAUGAAGUCCUGGACAAAGUGGUCCAGGAUGAUGAUAACAGCGAAGGGACGCCUCACUGGGCGCUGAUGGAAUCGGCCCUAAGGCACGUCGCUACACCUACCAACGCCACAGCUCAUUACCUCCGCGUCGCCAGCGGCAAUCGCAAGGAGCGGCUCGCUGUGGCGGAAAAGCUCCGGAUGGCCAGCCCAGGGCUCGUACAAGGGGUGCAGGAUACCGCAGGCUUCUUGAAAACGCUGCAGGCGGCCGUGUACUGCGGGUUCCUGGUCUCCUACUGCGAGGGUCUGGAGCUAAUUGCGCGGGCAUCGCAAGACGAACACUGGGACAUCAACCCGGCAGCCUGCCUGCAAAUCUGGCGCAAUGGCUGUAUCAUUCAGUCGGAGUAUAUCUUAGACCUCCUGCAGGAUGGUCUAUCUGGAACCACGGAUUGGACCAAUCUGAAACUAGUCAACGGUGUGGCCGUUUCUUUACACAGCCACGUGGGUGCUCUCAAGGAAAUUGUCCUCCAGGGCAUCCGGACCGAUCAGUAUAUCCCAGCCCUGUCGGCGGCUUUGGAGUAUCUAAAAUAUACAGGUGGUACUAGGCUUCCGACCCAAUUUAUGCAAGGUCAGAUGGACUUAUUUGGCGCCCAUGGAUAUAAUAAACCAGGCGUUCCUGGGGAAGACCCUGGGCCGACAAGCAAAGGUCCCCAUCACUAUGAAUGGCGACCCGCUUAGGAGUCGCUGAGGCAACUGCAUUUUAUGCUGUAUAGGCCCAAAAUAUUGCCAUAGACCUCAGCAAGGUGUCUUAGUGACAACUCGGUCAUCCCUCAUUUGAUUCUUAGCAUCCAUGACGAGUGAUAGUAUAGAGAAUGACACUACCAACAUGACUUGAAUUAUCUCAUUAUGUGACUAGAACAUGGGCCAGGCGGGAGCAUCGACUUGAGAAUUGCAUGGGAUAGAGUUUGAUAGGCUCCAGGUUCCAGAACA